AUGACGUGUAUCCACAAGAAAGAAGAAGAAAAAGAAGUAAAGAAAGAAUUAGCAGGGGAGAACCAUGCAAAGACGAAGAACCAAGAUUUUUACAAAAAUGAGGGUGUACAAGAAGUCAAGAAUGUUCCCCUGAUUCGCAUCCGGGGAAAGGCAAGUGGCAUAGAUCCAGCUGUUGAGGCGUCAAGGCGGUACGGGGCGGUGCACGAUGAUGUAAGCGGUGGCGCAUGCAUCACGUGGUUUAAUCGCGAUCGACGUGUUCCGUUUGGAAUUGAGGAUGUUAGAUUGCGAACGUGA